AUGUCAACAACUAAUGAUGCCAACACUACAACUACCACAACUAAAACUAAAGAACAAAUUGAACAAGAGGCUAUUGCCAGUUCAGUGAUUACAGCAGAUGCCAAUAACUCAUUACCACAACCAAAAGGUGAAGAAUCUAUCAAAAUGAAAGAAUCACUUGAAGAUAAGAAAGCCGAUGCAAAUUUAGGUUCUGGUGCUAAAGAUCAAGAGGUUUUCUUUGUUAAAGAUUCAAAUGGUGAAACCAAAGAAAUCGGUAAAGAGAUCACCAAUCAUAAAACCACCCUUUACUUUAAAGGUUGUAAAGAUGGUGUUUUCACAAUCUCUGCUCGUGUUACUAAAAUUAUGAUUGAAGCUUGUCAAAGAUGUACUUUUAACUUUAAAGGUAGAAUUUUUACAAAUACCAUUGAAGCUUGGAAAACUGUUGACUGUAAAGUUAAUAUUUUAAAUGAUCAAGUUAAAACAUUACAAGUUGAUAUGACCUCUAGAAUGUCAAUUACAUUUGAUACAAGAGAUUCACUCCAUAGUAUUAUUUGGAGUGGUGUCAAUGAUAUGAAACUUUAUUUCUCUGAUGAAGCUGGUUUCGAACAUCAUACUGGUUUCGAACAAAUGAAAGCAGUUUAUCCAGAACAAGAGCUUUCAUUCACCGUAGAUCAAUUCACAACUCGUUUCAUUAAAGGUGUACUCACAACUGAGCAAAUCAUUCGUUUAGCCAAUGGUUAUCCAUCAACUGAAAGAGAAGCAAGUGAAUUUGAUGCAAAUGAAGAAUUAAAUAAAAAGAGAGCUGAAGAAUUUAUUAGAAAGAGAUUAGCCGAUAAUGGUAUCAGUUUAGGUACCGUUGGAAUGAAAAAACCUGAAGUUGGUAGAAAUGAUGUUUGUCCAUGCGGUAGUGGAAAGAAAUAUAAAAAAUGUUGUUCAAAAUAA